CAGUUACACGUUUUCACAUCGUUGGGUCUACUGGAAAGCUGACAGCAUGGGUGCGGCUGCGAGUGUGGUGACGAAAGGGCAAUGUCAGGCGCUGUGCGGAGACCUGUUUGACGAGUCCGAGUGGGACAAACAGGCAGUGGACGGCGUGGUCAGUCGGGACAAACUCACGACGGUGCUGUCGACAUUGACGGACGCGUUCCUCACGCACGACUGGGGCUCCGACGGGGGCACUCACACAAAGGUGAGUGUGGUGAACCACCUGCUCCAGGCCAGAGGUAUCACGACGUGGUUUGACCAAGAGAAAAUGGAGGGCAAUGUGAAGAAGCAAAUGAUCCACGGCAUCGACAACGCCCGCGUAAUUGUAGUGUUUGUGACCCAGCGAUACAUUGCCAAAGUGGGCGGCCCCAAUGCGGAAGACAACUGCCAGCUCGAAUUUAACUACGCCGCCAGACGCAAGACCGCGUCGAGGAUGAUCCCGGUGCUCAUAGAUCCGACCCCGGCCUUGAAGAAUCCGGCGUCGUGGAACGGAGAAGUGGGGUUUGUGCUGGGGGGGCAUUUGUACUUGGACUUGAGCGGCACGUUCGACGACGACCACCUCUUAGCCUCCAAAGUGGACGAACUGGUCGCCAAGAUUGUCAGCAUUGGCGGCACUCCCCUGGCUCGGAGGUUUCCACCGGAGUCGCCGUCGGAUGCGAAAGAGCAAGCAAAAUACGUUCCUUCGCCCCCUGUCGUAGCCACUCUUCAAGCAGCCCCAGUGUUCAGUGCACCCACGGUGUCGUUGGCAUCGCUCACCAAGGAGGACGUUGCGUUGCUACUGAAUGCGUUGGCAUGCUCCAAGUUUAGCGCGGCCUUUCUAGAGAAUGAAGUGACGGGGGAAGUGCUGUGUGGUGCGGCGAAUGUCGAAGAAAUCAAGGAGCUCGGGAUGCCUCUGGCUGCGAAGGCUCGCGUUUUGUUUGACAAGAUCGCCGAAUUCAAAGCCUCGGGUGUCCCCCCCACUCUCCUUCGUGACAAGACCAGGCCAUCCACAGGCGUCAUAUCUACUCCAUCCACAAUCGCAGAAGUCAAAACCACUGAGUUAUCUGGUUCCAACGUGGCAUCCACGGCCAAAUCCUUUGAAGACAUCACGAUGGCCUUGUUGCCGUCUGAAUGGGUGGCUGUGAUGAAGUACAAGCUGGAAGUGAAUGGAGCGAACACUUUGUCCAAGCACACCCUGUCGUGGUUUGAUUCCAGCUGCUCCGUGUCUGCAGCCAACGGGUUCUUCUCCGAUGGGAAUUACGCCGCAGAGUUAAAAGGAACGGCUUCGUCGCGCGCUAUGCGUCUGCAGGCGAUGGGUGGUCGACUGGACAAGAACGCAUUUCUUCUGCGCUUUCGAAUGAAACCGAUGGCUGGCGGUGCGACGCCGCUAGCAGCCGGCCGCUUUCCUUGGUUUGCUAUCGAUGUCACGACCGACUUGUGCUUAGCACUGUCGUGCAACCAAGGCAAGGACGUGUUUUUUGUGAAAAUGGAUGGAGCCCCAGUGACGGUGGCGCUGGCGGAAUGGGUGGACGUGGCGAUACUUGUGAGUAUACGGACGGCGUCGAUCAUUCAGGUUGUUUUAGACUCAAAGUAUAUGGACGCCAUCACCGUGGACAAGGGAUUUGAAUUGCACAUCCCAACGGAUGUGAACCAAUCGCUUCGAGACACUGAGCACAAUCAGCUGUACCUCUUCCGUCCAGACACACACCAAGGACUGUUUCAUGGGUACUUGCGCGACAUUGAAAUGUACUCGACCCUUCCUGCGUCGCGCAAGUUGCCGCGCAUUACGGACGCCGACGACCCAGAUCGCCACCGUCUGCAUCUCACCCACCGAGAUGCGUUGGUGGAGGGGUUAACACUCGCCUUCCAUUACCCCAAGAUGGCCGUAGAUGCCGUCGACAUCGUCACUGGCCGCGCCAUGACGUUGCCUGGCGGUAGCUUCAUCCACUCGUCGUUGGGAGCGUACUUUGACGGGAAUUACUACGACGACACCGAGUUGGAUCGCAACUUGGUCGUGGCGGGCAAGUUAGGCGCUACGUUUUCCAGAAACAAGUUUGCUGUGGCGAUCACGAUGGCCCCGUUAGCAGCGUGCUGUGUGUUUUGCAUGGGGUCGUACUAUCGGUGGUUCGGCUUGACGGUGACCAACACGAUGGAGGUCAAAGUUACGUUCAACAACCAGCGAGUGGGACUCGUCGUGAGGCAAGAGAGGGAGAUGGUUCGACUGUCCCGAGAGCGCUGGCACGACGUUGUGGUCGUGGUCGACGGACUCAGCGUCACGGUGCUCAUCGAUGGGAAUCGCAUGGACGAGCUCUAUUUACCUCAAGACUUCACGUACACGGCCCCGCCUGACGCGGACAACGACAUGUUCCUAGUCAACUACUCGUGCAGCGGAUGCUUCCACGGGUUUAUGAGGGAGUUUGCGAUGUGGAAACUCAGUUGAGAUAUAAUGCACACACUUUUGAAGAGUGAACGAGACAUCACUGUACG